AACUCUCAAGGAUUUCCGUUCUCCCCGAUUCCAUUGAAAGGUUAAAGAAUCUUAAACAUUUACUUAUAUUUGAAUUCUCACAUGAGCUUUCGAAUUUUAUUAGAGAUCCAGAAUCAUUGGGAAAGUUGGAUUUAAAAUUCUCUGGGUCCGUUUUCCCUGAUUCCAUUGAAAGAUUAACAAAUUUGACACAUUUUUCCUUUGGAAUAGGCGAUAGUAUACUUGAGCUUGUGCGCACUACUUGGGAACCAAAGUCAUUGGUCAAGUUGAAUUUAAAAAUCUUGGAGAUCUCUAUUCUCCUUGAUUCCAUUGAAAAGUUCACGAAUUUAACGCAUUUGUCUUUUUCAAAAUGCAUGUAUCUACAUGAGCUUCCGAACUCUAUUGAAAAAAUGGAGUUUUUGGUCGAGUUGGAUUUAAGAUUCUCUAAGAUCUCCUUUCUUCCCGAUUUUAUUGGAAAUCUGAAGAGACUAAAAGUCUUAAAGGUGGCAUACACAAAGAUACACACGAUACCUUGUUCUCUUGGAGGAGUGGAGUCGCUUGAAGAGCUCGAUGCCUCAUUUUGUCUGCAUCUCAAGGAUGAAAUCCCAUGGGAAUUGUGGAGCCUGACUCAUUUGAGGAUCCUGGAUUUAGAUGGGAGCCCAAUCUCUACAGUGCCGAGAAAGAUCAGUGGUUUCUCUAGUCUCCAGACGCUUAAAAUUGCAAGCCAUCGACUUUCCCCCUUGCCAGAGCUUCCCUCAAGUUUGAAAUGUCUUGUUGUUGUAGCUGCUCAAUUCCCUAUUCUUCCCAACCUCUCAAGUCUAGUUCAUUUACAUCAUCUCGAAGUGCGUAAAGAACAACAUAUGACACUUUGGAUCCCACACAAGGUUACCUCACCUUGGAAGGACGUGUUGUCCAUCAAUCAGCUUCCACUUAGCUUAUCAACCUUGAAAAUUCACUCUAUCCCGCAAUUGCCAUACAUUUCUGACUUGCAAAAUUUGUUGGUUCUCUCUAUUAGCAAAUGUUUGAUGCCAUGCUUGCCUGAUCUAUCGCACUUGAAGAGGCUACAAGAGUUACAGCUCGAUGACUUCCCUGAACUGGUGGAGAUUCCAGGUUUGGGGGAAUUGGAGUCACUGAAGUUUCUGUACAUUAUCAUGUGUGAUGUGAUCAAACAAUUGCCUAACCUAUCGAAGUUGAAAAAUUUAUUGCGUCUCAAGCUAAUACAUUGCGUAAAGUUGAGAGCCGUUGAAGGCUUGAAAGAGUUGAAUUUUUUGGAGUAUGCAGAGAUUAGAUAUUGCAAGUCUUUGGAAAGGUUGCCUGAUGUGCCGACAUCCACCAAAUUGGAGACAGAUCAGGCGCCGCUAGAACCUGCUGAACACACCAUGCAGCCAGCGAAGCGAUUGCGACUUUCAGUGGACUAGUAGGACAGAGUUGGCGGCGAGUAUUCAGAGUUUUAAGGCCUUGCACGUGGAAUAGAAAACAAAUUUGCGGCCUUGCAUGUGGAAUAAAGCCAAAUUUACAACUCACAGUAUAACCGACGUAAGGUAAUCCAGGUGUCUUCAUCUCACUUCUUGCACCAUCUAUUAUAUUUCUUGAUAGGUGUUAGAACGAUGUUUUCAAUUUUCAAAUUGAAUUCUCAUGAAGCAUUAAGUGUUUUGCUCUAUUCAUUUCAAUCAUCUCUAAAGUAUGAAUUUAUUAUGUUUGAGUGGGCUU